GCUCAUUCCUAAUCGAACCGUUAGCCGUUUCGUGUCGAUUUUUCUUUUCUUUAAAGUUUGGUGUUAAAAUUUUCGGGGGUGUUGCUGCUGUGAAAGUGUUGUUAUAGGGAAAUAGUUUGAAAUAGUCGCGUGCGAAAUUUUAAUAUAUUGUUUCCAUGUUUUAGUUUUCUAUUGGUGUGUUUUCGGAUGGCCAUGAAUCGGAUACGGUUUAAGUUGACCGAGAGCUUUCAGCCUAAGCCAAAAGCUUGCAGGAGGAGGAAGAGUUCGGCCCGCUGCCUCUGGAUUACCCCGGAUACGCUAUUCACGCUGUGCGAGCUCGUGCUCCGGAAGUUGCUGCUGCCGGCGGGAGUGCCGAGGCGGAAAUUUUGGUCCACCAUUAUCCCCCUAUUGCCGAACGAAACGGCUCGGAUGGCCGUGUGGCAUCAGGUUCACUGUCCAGAAGAUUUCAAUCGAGUCGACAGGAACCGGAUCAACUACGCCAAUCACUGGACACUGUUGUCCGACCAGCAGUGCCGCCUAGCGAGUGCAUCCUGGUCCUGGUCACCGGAUGAGAAGAAAAAGGAUAACGAAUCAACCCCGCCAGCUGUGCCCCGCCAAACGGAUCCGAUUUACAAUAUCCGGAUUGGUUCAGCGGUCCGGAAUAAGCUGACCCAACUGCUGCUGGAUUUGGAGUACUACGAUGGUCAGCAGCCGCAGGGUCAGUUGAUGCGCAGCUCGGGUACCACCGUUGCCGCCGCUGGGUUGGAAAGUUUUCUGUCCAACGAUUUUGUGGCCCGUUCGACGGCUUUGAUGAUGGCAGCCUCCACCUUCGAAGCCGGGGAAGAUGACGAAGACGAGGACGAGUACGCUAAAUUGAACCCAACAGGGAUGGUGGCGUGUUAUUACGGCAAAUGCCAGCACUCCCACCAACAAUGGCCCCGGGACAAUCGCCAGCGUCAGCGUUUCUACACGAGUUCCGGUGUAGAAGACUACUACCCGGAAAGCUUGUUCCAGGUGAGCGCAUUUCCGAGGCACUACUCGAACCGGUCCUCGUCAUCCCGUCCGACGCUGAUGGUGCUGGGAGAACGGAAAAUUAUUCUGACGCAGCCUCCGGUGCAGAAGGUGCGGAUCAACUGGGGCGGACGACGCAAAAAGACCGCGGUGCCAGUUGCUGGCAACAAACAUGGUGCCGGAAAAGGUGCUGGAAAACGUGGCAGUAAAAGUGGUGCCAGCAAAAGUGGUAACACUAAUGCCGCUUGUCAGGUACAAAUUAACGAUGCCGUAGUGCCUCCUCGCGAAUGAAUUGAUGCGACCAUUCUGAACAGUGGCACCCGAUUGAUGGUUUUCGAGCAUCUAGAUUCAGUUUAAAACUUAGUUCAGUUUGAAUAAAUAAAUAAAAAAAUAU